ACUUGUAAAAGUGAGUGACGCACAACUUGCAUAUAUAUUACACAAAACACACAAGACACUGGGUGUGUAUAUAUAUAUAUAUAGAUAGAUAGAUGCAUUUGCACUUUAAGCAAUCACAAUAUUACAAACAUUUCUUCUCUUCCCAUAUAUAUCCCUUCUUAAUUUCUUAUAGCCAGCGAUGGAUCUUUUGUUCUUAUGCCUCCUUCCCUUCUUAUUUUACUCUUUCUUUACCCUCUACAAGUUGAUUCUUGAACGUAGAGGCCAACCAUGCUACAUGUUGGCCUACGAGUGCUUCAUGCCCCCGGAAGACACGAAACUCGACACGGACUCCGCAGCAAAAAUCGUGCUACGAAACAAAAAACUGAGGUUGGAGGAGUUAAGGUUUCUCCUGAAAACCAUCGUGAGUUCUGGUAUUGGAGAGAACACUUACUGCCCCAGAACCGUUCUCGAAGGGAGAGAAGAGUGUCCAACUCUCAAGGACACGUACGAGGAGAUAGACGAGAUCAUGUUCGACACACUCGACAACCUCUUCAAGAAGACAGGAAUUUCACCCUCCGAGAUAGACUUCCUUGUGGUGAACGUGUCCUUGUUCUCCCCAGCACCUUCUCUCACAGCACGCAUCAUAAACAGGUACAAGAUGAGGGAAAACAUCAAGGCCUUCAACCUUGCCGGAAUGGGGUGCAGUGCAAGUGUUGUUGCCAUCGAUGUGGUGCAACAGCUUUUCAAGACUUACAAGAACUCCGUUGGGAUUGUUGUGAGCACCGAGGAUCUCGGUGCGCAUUGGUACUGUGGAAGGGACAAGAAGAUGAUGCUCUCUAACUGUCUCUUUCGCUCUGGUGGCUGCUCCAUGAUGUUUACAAACAAGGCUUCUCUCAAGAGCCGUGCGAUAUUGAAGCUCAAGCACAUGGAGAGGACUCAGUAUGGUGCUGAUGACGAGGCUUACAACUGCUGCAUACAGGUGGAGGAUGAGUUAGGGUAUUCAGGUUUUCGACUCACCAAGAGUCUUGUGAAGAGUGCUGCUCAAGCCUUGACGGUGAAUCUUCAAACUAUGGCGCCCAAGAUUCUGCCACUGUGGGAAAUGGUGAGGUUCUUUUUUGCAUCUAUAAGGUAUAGUGGGAUGAAGAAGAGGGAGCUGCUACCCUUUCUCACUGGGAUGGUUCUUGGAAAGGGUAAUAAGAAGAAGACAAAGUUUAAUGUGUUGGGAGGGGGUUUGAAUUUCAAGGCUGGGAUAGAGCACUUUUGUGUGCACCCUGGUGGGAGGGCAGUUAUUGAUGGGGUUGGUAAGGGUUUAAGGCUGAAUGAAUAUGACCUUGAGCCUGCAAGGAUGGCACUUCACCGUUGGGGUAACACUUCUGCUGGUGGCCUUUGGUAUGUUUUGGGGUACAUGGAGGCCAAGAAGAGGCUCAAGAAGGGUGAUAGGAUCCUCAUGAUUAGUCUUGGAGCCGGCUUCAAGUGCAACAACUGUGUUUGGGAGGUGAUGAGGGACUUGUCUGAUACUAAUGUGUGGAAGGACUGCAUAGAAAGUUACCCUCCAAACACACUAAACAACCCUUUUAAGGAAAAGUAUGACUGGAUCAAUGAUGAAUAUCUUAGCUUUGUGAGGUUGGAUUUUAGCAGGAUGGUCCUUUAAUUAGGAGCAAUACAGAGAGGGGGGUAUAGUUCAGUAAAAUAAGAGGAAAAAGGAAAAAAAUAUAAACUCUCGAUCAAACUAUACAUGUUAUUUAAAUUAGGAAGAUGUGGAUGUCAUGAUGAUGCUAAUUUCCAGCUUAAUUUAAAAAUAUUUGUUCGAUCUCGUUCAUGUUUAAGCACAUAGUUCUAUAUAUUUGGUCAGAGGAGGAAAAACAAGUGUAGAGUUGAUUUGUUGAGGAAAGCUACUUCAAAAUCAUCUAAUAUUGUGCAAUUGAUGAAAUAAAGUUUCAGGUCAUUCAUUAA